AUGACAUCUCUCAAUUUUAAACAGGAAAUACCUGCAACAACAACAACUCCUUCGCGAACCGCUACCAACAAGACAACCUUUAACAGGAUACAACUUGGUCUUGUAUACAAUGAUAACGCGAAUUCAUCAUCUCUUGCACCUGAUCAAUGUUUAAAAAAGUCAGUUCAUGGUCAUCCACAUACAUUGAAUUUCGCAACAGAGCACUUGUCAUCGCAAGUGGGCAACACCCCUCAAGAGAUCCCUUUGAAUCUUAAACUAGAGUUUAAUGAAAGUGAGAUGGAAAUGCUUGAUCUUUAUUUCCAACAAAAGAUCUUGUAUGAUAUAAAGUUUCAGUCCAAUAAGACCAACUCGACGAACACUACUUCUGUUGCAACGAUCAAAGAAGCUUCCUCUCGAAUCGCAGCUGACUUGCGAGAUCAAACCCAUGAGAAUCCCCACCACCACCCACAACAAGUCACCACACCUGUCCAAGCGCUCGAUCUCUAUCCCCCUCUCUCUCAAAGCUAUUUUUCAUUAAGGAGAGAUUCAUUGUUGUCAAGCUCUUCAUCCUCCUCUACCACAUCCACUCCCUCUCUUGAUGCCUCUCCCAUACAUCCUCUUCCUGACGAAUCGUGCAUGAAAAGGUCGAGUUCCAAAAUCACGAAAAAGAGGGUUCGUUCAAAAAGUAAUUACAGUCAUAAACCAAGGAAAGGAUUCACCAAAGUAGAUCACACUACGUGGCAAUUUCAUUCCUACGAGAAGGGAAAAAUUGUUUCCAGUGAUCUCGUCUUUCUUUCAUUCACUCCCACUUCCAAUACAAUCAGUUUCAAAUAA